AUGGACGCACAAAAUGGGUAUUGAUGCGACUAUCAGCCUUUUUUCUUGAACAAGCACAUGGGAAGAAGAAGAAAAAGGAACGGAGAAGCUCAAAUGUGGGGUCUUGACGACGUCAAUGGAUUCAAGCUCGUUGGGCAAAGCAUUGAUGAGCUAGGCCUUCUUCAAAAAUAUAAGCGAAAAAGCCGAGAGUCAAUCGGAUGCGAAGUGGUAAUCGGGAUUUUUAUUCAGCCUGAUGAAGAGUCACAUUUUGCUGCAACAAUGGAUUCAGUAGUAAAAAAUGUAAAGAACUUCAAAGAUAAAGGACUAUCAGUUCUCUGCAUAGCAAUAGCGGACGGUAGAGAGAAGCUGAAAUCAGCAGACAAUGAUAGUUUAAUGGGAAGUGUUUUUCAUAAUGUUUAUUAUGAUGAAUCAUUGAUAGAAAAACAAUUUAAUUUAAGCAAAGAAAACAAUAAAAUUCCUCUGAAAUACUUUAUGACAAACCCUGCGGAAUCACAAACCGAUGAAGAGCUCGCUCAUAUGUUUAUGCAUAGAAACUGGCUAAAAAUAGAUGAAGGAGGCAAUGAGCGCAAGAUUGAUUUAAUUUUUUGCAUCAAAGAAAAAUAUUCACCCUUCUCUUUAAAUAUGAACAAUUUAUUAUCAAAUUUGAAGGGAUUUAAGAGAGACUUACAAAAUUUUCCUAUAAAUUUCAAUAAUUAUUUAAAAUAAAAUUAAAUAAAGAUGGACACAUUUUAAAAAUCUUUGAUUUCAAUUUCUUAAGAUUUAAGAUAUCCGUUUGUAAGCUCUUUUUUUCUUUAAUCCGCCCAGCUUUGAUUACAAAUUUAAAAAUAGCAAUGAAAAUAGUAUAUAUAAGUUGAAUGCAAUAUUAUUUAAUUUUUAUUUACUCCGCCUUCAUUUUUAUUGGAACAAAAAUUCUAUUCCAAUUUAAAGGGGUAUUAAUGUAAAUUUGAAAGAAAUUAUAUCGAGUUUUCUCUGUGAAAGCAAUUUUUAUGUUUUUUCGUAAAAUAAUUUUUAUAAAAAUUAUCGUAUUAUUCUAAUUCACUUUCUAUUUUAAAUCGAACAAAUUUAGUUAAAUUUUUAUUAAAUAGGUAUCAAAUAUAAAUUAAUAUUUUUACUUAUAAAAUUAUAAUUUUGUUCCUUAAAAAAUAGAAUUUCACCAUUAUUUUGUUCCAAUUAAAAGGAGUGAGUUAGCUUUAGAAAAUUAUUUAAGAAAAUUUAUCAAUCCAACUUGGCAGCAGUUAAAAUUGGAUUCUAUUACAUUAAAUCUAUUAUAUUUGAGUCAAAGCUGUUACAUUAAAAUUAUUUUAUCGAAAAUCAAAAUAAGGGUUAAUUUUCCCAUAAAUCAAAAUUUACCUAUAUCUCGUCCAAUUUAAAGGGAGUUAGACAAAAUAAUAUUUUAUAAUAAGAUAAAGAAAUUUAUAAAGCAUAUAGUUCAGGCUAAAAUGGGAAGUUAGGAAAACUAAACUCUCAUUUAUGAUUCUUUGGAGGUUUCUGUCAGCAUAUCAACCCCCGAAUUGUCAUGCUGCUAGAUGCCGGAGUGAAGCCCCAAAAAAAUGCUUUAAUCUACAUGUGGAAAGCUCUUCGAGCUGAUGAAAAUCUUGCCGGAUGCACUGGCGAGCUAAAGCCUGAUACAAAAAAGUGAAAAGAUAUCUUUCGUUACGCACAAGUAGCAGAGUAUAAGUCCAUUUAUAUGCUCGAUAAAGCCCUAGAAAGCGUUGUCGGCUACAUCUCAAGCCUCCCCAGCUGCUUUAGUGCUUAUCAAUGGAAAGCUUUAAGCAUGCCCAUUCUAUUAGAAACUCAUUUUAAAUCCAUCUGCAACCCUGAAGAAAUUGACGCUGCAAAUUCCAAUUAUUACCUUUCAGUCGAUAGACUUUUGAGCCUAUCUCUUUUCAUGCAAAGGAAACAAAAAUACACCCUAAGAUUUGUCAAAAGGUCAAAGGCCAAAAUUCAUGUCUCAAAUAAAGUGUACAAGAUUAUGCUCACAAGGAGAAAGUGAAUCAAUGGGACUUGGUUCAUUUUACUAGAGUCUCUUAAAAAAUCCUACUUGAUUUUUGGAUGCAAAACCAAUCAUCCAUGAUAUAGGAUCAUCUUAUUUGCUCUGCAAAUGAUAUUGUUUAUUACAAACUUCUUUUUUUCUUGGCUCAUUGUGGGGUAUUUUUUUGUUUUUCUCGCCCAAGGAUUGAGGACGAGGGUUGAUAAUGAUCAUGUGCAAGAUAUUUUUAUGAUUUUUUAUGGGCUGCUUCUUGAACAUGUAUUGAUUCUUUCUCUAGGAGUUUCUCCUAACUCCCCCCCUCUGUGAGUGAACAAAACCAUUAGAAAAAUCCCUAAUUUGCUCAAAAACCCAUACUCCGUGAGCGAGCAAAAAUUUUUUAGUAGAAUAAUUUUUAUAUAUAAGUGAUAUUUAAUAUCAUGAAAUCUCUAGCUAAUUCUGUUUAAUUUAAAAAAAUUGCGUUUUAAAGCAUAGAUUUUACAAAUUAAUUAAUAUUUAUUUCCAAUUUUUGCAGUGGGAUUUUUUUAAUUUCGAAAAAAAAUUAACCCCUGCGUGAGCGAGCAAGAUUUUUUUGUUCGCUCACGGAGGGAGGACUAAGAAAGCUGAUAAAUGCUUGACGUAUAUGAGCUACAUUCUUUUAGGCAUUUCUAUAGUGAGUGUAUAUUUCUUUUUAGGCUACUGAUUUCAGCAGCCUGAUGGAGGCUACUCAAUGGUAUAUUUUGCAGCAUUUCUUACAGCGUCUGGCUUAUUUAUCUUGAACCUUCUUUUCUACCUAGAAAUCAUCUUUAGCAUCCCUUUUUAUGUUAUUUUGAUACCUGUUCUCGUUAAUAUCUGCAUGGUUUAUUCGAUUUGCAAUAUUCAUGACUGUUCUAAUAGCCACCCAGAAAAAAUCACUGAAAAAGAAAGGGAACAAAUUGCCCGUUUCCAAUCUUUCAGAGCUUUUUGGCUUCUUGUAUGAAUUUCAACUAAUGGUGUUUUUGCUUAUGGUCUAUACGAAUUAAUUGAAGAAAAGAAAAUGUAUGCACUAAUAGCUAUAGCUAUGGUUGGAAUGGCUAAUAUUAUUAUUAGGCUGAUUGGAGGAUUGGUGUAUCACGCAAAAGAAUGGGUUUUGAAUAAACAUGACGAUAAAAUUGAUCAAAAAAAUCAUAGAAUCGAAGACAAUGUAGAAGAUGCUGAAAAGAUUUUUAUAGAAGUUCCAAGUUUAAGCGACUAUUAG